UGCGAUGCGGCAUGCUGCGCUAGAUGCACUGGAACCAUUUUGCAGUAACAUUUUUCGCCGAAACUUCAGCGAGCGGCUUUCGACGAAACCCCGUGCAGCUAGCUGAAUUGGAACCUCCGAUGUGGCACCGAGUCUCACGAUUGCAUCAGAUCCUCACCGCUCGACGCCGACCAUAACUCGACGUGCUUGCUUGCCGAAAGUUCCGGGUGUUUGGAUUGUCCAGUCACGCUUGGGACCCUGUCCUGGGAGUGGGAGAAUAAUUUACCUCACCUUAAUGAAUUGGAUAAUGUAACAUGGAUCCAGAAUUUAGAAAGUCUAAUGAACAUUGGAUCGAGGCAUCAGCAGCUACGUCGGAAUGGUUCCCAGAGAAGCAGUACCAGGCCCAGAAGACAUGGUUCCAGUCCUUCUGUCUGCGGGUCCUCAAAUGUGGUCCUGUGCCUCAGCACGUAGCCUUCAUCAUGGAUGGCAAUCGCAGAUUUGCUAAGAAAAAGUCUUUUCAGACCCUAGAGGGGCAUUCACUUGGUUUUGAGAAAUUAGCGGAGACUCUACAAUGGUGUUUAGAUCUAGGUAUUACAGAAGUCACUGUUUAUGCAUUUAGUAUAGAAAACUUCAAGAGAUCAAGGCAAGAAGUCGACGGACUGAUGGAAUUGGCAAGAAAGAAAUUUCUCAGAUUAUUAGAAGAAAAAGAUCAAAUCAUGAAGCAUGGUGUCUGUGUGCGAGUUAUAGGAGACCUCGACCUCCUACCCAGGGAUGUGCAAGAAGUCGUUGCAGAAGCCAUGUUUAUAUCACGUGAUAACACAAGGGCUACUCUAAAUGUAUGUCUAGCGUAUACCUCCAGGCAAGAGAUGGCCAAUGCAGUCAAGGAGGUGGCUCUAGGAGUAGAAGAAGGCAUCCUCUUCCCAAGUGAUGUUUCAGAGGAAUUAAUAGAGCAAUGUCUGUAUACUAAUAGAUGUAAAGAUCCUGAACUACUGGUGAGAACAUCGGGGGAAGUCAGGUUAAGUGACUUCUUAUUGUGGCAGAGCGGCUAUUCAGUACUGUCUUUCGUUGAGGUGUUGUGGCCAGAGUUUUCCAUAUGGCACUUGUUUGCAGCAGUUCUUCACUACCAGACCAAAUAUAAUGCAGUACAGAAUGCAAAGGAAGCCAUGUUACACAACAGGAGGAGAGCCGUCCAGGAAUCGGACCACAGAUGCGUUCUGGAUCAGUUAAACAACAGUAAUCAAACAACGAUCUCGGAUCAUAUAGAAACGCCUAGUAAUGAGGAUUCAUUCCAUAAAAGACUUUCAGAGUACACUCGCGAUCGUGAGUCAAGGAUAGCAAAGUUUCUAGGAUCACUUCACGCAAGGAGAGAAAACUUUUUAAUUAGUUUAUUACCUGAAAGGACUCGAUGCCAACUCGUAUCCUAAUUCUGCUAUUGGAGUAUUCCAGCAACUUUCCAAUUUUUUUUUGUUUCUUUUUAUUGUUCCAAGAAUUUUAUGAAUGAAUAUAUGAGAGAGAUUUAAUAUUGUGUUUAUAUUUUGAACAAGUACUGAUGAGGAAAUGAAAUAUUGACUACUGAAAGGGCAAUUAUGGCCUUUUUGUAAGUUUAAGUGAAAAUAUAAUUUUAAAACAUGAUGAAAAUCUCAUUCAAAUUUUUUAAGGACAAGUUCUUGAAUCAGUGCUAUAUUAUCACAUAGUAUGCAGUCAAAUUAAUGAGUCGAUAAUCCUCUCAUUAUUUCUUUAUUUGUGCAUAGAAAAGUAAUAAAAUUUGCAAAGCUGGUGGCUUGUUAAUGUAAUAAAUUCUUAAUGAAGCACAUAACUCACAGUGUGAUUACUGCUGUACAAGAACUGAUUAUCAUGACUACAAAUAGAAACGACCGUUUUGAAAUUGGAUAUUGAUUAGAUUACAUGGGGAGUGAAUAGACGACAAUAUCAACAUUACUUGUUUGGAUAUGUGAUGCAUCUUUCUACUAAAUAAAAUUCAAUGUCGAGAACAUUUUGAAAUUCCUAGGGGUGAUUUGUAGAGAGAUGAGUCUGACUUAAAAAAGUGCCAACACACACGCUCUCAAAAUAUUAAUGCAACUUGGUAUUUUACAUGUUUUGUUUGUAGUCGGACUUAAAUCUUUGUGAAACACCCUCAAAACUCUUAUUUUGUUAUAUUUGAUGAAGCGUUUCCAGUAUUAAUGAAAUUUUUGUUAUUCAUUUAAACUUGCAAAUUGGUUAAACUGGCCCUUUACAUCCGAAUGAGGUAUUUGCCUCCAUAUAUUUCCAAUGAAUUUAUUCAUUUCUUCAAUUGACAAUUAGAAUACAUAUUAGAUGUAAAAAAUUGAAUGAUAAAAUCAUGCCCAGCAAUCAAUGUUGCUAUUUUGAAGAUUAAUACCUAUUAUUGUAACCCAAUACUGAUAUAAUUCAAUGAACUUCUUUUAGUUCAUAUUCAUAACGAAGGAUGUGAGAAUAAGUGGACUGCCCUACACUGUACAAAAGACAUUGCCAUUAUACCUCACAUUGAAGGAUUUGUUCUAUUCUUAACAUGGAAGAAUGUUGCAUUUAGAUCAUUCCAAAGUCCAUUCUUCUGGGUCCCGUUUUAUGAUUAUUAUUGUGUGUAAGAAUGGAUGCUAAAAUCAAUCACAAUUGCUCCCAGCCAAUCCAAUUCCAUGAUGUCCGUAGCAAAUAACAAUUUUCUAUCUUGGCCGUGUGUCAUGAAAAGUUCCUGCUCUUGAAGAUGACAAGAACUUCCUUGUUGAAAAGGAGUUUGGGUGCUAUUGUUCAUAACCGAAUACCUACCCAAGACAGCUUACAGAAUGUAAUAUUAACAAUGACAGUAAGAAUAACCAAACAUUUCUUUUCAAGUCUUCUUAAUUUCCUUUGACAUUUCUUGAAAAGCACCUUGAGCACUCUACAGAGUGGAGUUGGGGCAGUACAAAUCCAAUUUACAUGUCCAUCAUGUUAGGUGCUGUUGCAAGGUGCUUCUAUAUUACCCUGACCAAGCUAGGCUUCUGACUCUGGUGCUCAAAGCUUUUUGAGAAAUUACUUUCUGCAUACCUCGGUACACCUCACCUGGGUUGAGUCCAGCACAGUGAAUGAAUUUCUUGCUGAAGGAAAUUAUGCCAUGGUUGGGAUCCACAACCCUCUGUUUCAAAAUCUGGAGAUUAAUCCACUGGGCCACAAUGCUCCACAAAAGUUGAUUUCUUCUUAGCCAUAGAAGCCUCCAGAAGUUAUCCAAUAAUGAAAGUUUGUAACACUAGCUUAUUAAUGUCAUUAUUAAGUUGUUUGAAUCGGGACACAGGCCUCUGCUACAUUCAUCUCCAAUAAUAGUCAUUUUAUUUAAUGAAAUAGCACAAAGUCAUUUCUUUGCAGUCAUUCAAAUAGAAAGUUCCUCUACCAUUAUCAUCAAAGACAAGUUUUCAUUAAUUCAGUCCAUGAUGAAUAUUUUCUAUUACGGAUUUUGGAUAUUUUCGCUUUGGCAUGCCAUCAAUAUGUGCAGAAUCCAAGGAAAUAUUCAUCCCUCAUAUCAUUAAUACCUUUAUGCUUGUAUACAUGCACUUUUUUUAUUCAUUGGACAUAAACACAUUUAUUCAAAUCCACAGACAUUUCAACAUGACUGGAUCUUAAAGUUUGGUUAUAAAUUUGAAUUUUUCUUGAGAUAUGUAAGUUUUCACUUGCUUACGAAAUCAACUAACUGAAAAUAUAUUUCUGUUGCUACAUGUAUCUCCAAUUAUUAUUUUUUUGAUUGAUGUGUUCUGGACACUGUUACAUAAAGCUUAGUGGAAAUCUAUGAUUGAUUGCAUUGAUCGUUGUGUAUAAUCUCAAUUUCUACAUGAAUGAGCAAAUCCUGGGCUUUAUACUACCAUCCUCUACAAUCCAGGCCCCUAUUUCAUAAAACUUGUUAAAUCUAUGAUAACAGUUAAAAGCUACUGAAAUCAUUUAAUUCAAUUGGCUGAUUGUGAUCUUGUUGUAGAGAUUUGUGCAUUUGUUAUUAUGACAAGUCUUUGUGAAAUGGAACUCAGAUUUGAUUGUACAUGUAGGUUAGGUUUAAGUUGAGCUUUCACAAUGUUUUUGCUCAGAAUUCUAGGAAUAUCCACUCACAUACUCUUUGCUUUGAAAGACAGUAUUAAAAAAAGAUGUAUUUGAUACAUGUACAUAUAUUCCAUCCACAAAUAUAGUCAUGUAUACAUAUAUGUACAAGAUUAUUUCCUAGUCGUUAAUUCCUGUCAAUUUUGUAAGUCAGACCUCACGAAGAAUUUCCUCUCUGUUUGAUGUGGAAAUGUUUGCAGUUCAUGCAUCAAGAUACUUAUGGUGUGUAAUGUUAAAGAAUGCAAUAUAUUCCCUUCUAAUCUAGGAUAAUAUUAAAAAUCAUGAAAUAGUAAAGUUGUCAUACUAAGCAGGGUAUUAGAUUUUUAAGAGGAAGUCUUAUACUAAUGUUCCAAUUUUGCUUUGCACUAAUGAUAUGUCAGAACAAUGUCUCUUGUGCUUUACAGAUAAAUAACAAUCCCAAUAAUCAAAUUCUGCUUUUGCUCAUAAUAAGUGUAAAUGGUGUAAAGUGUAAAUGGUAGUAAUUGUUUACCUGAUUGCUAAGAGAGCAUGAAUGCUUGUAAGCAAGUAACCAGAGGACUGACGGUUUAAGGUCCUCUCUGGGGGACCUGGUAAUGUGGAUUAAUGCCUUACCAAAGGGCACUAGCGCACCAAGUAGGAAUGGAGCCCGGGUCACCGGAAUCCAAAAACCCCAGCUCUACCAACUGAGCUAUCACACUUUCUCAAAUAUAUCCACAAUCUCCACUCCUUGGGGAGUGAUACCUAUUCCACCAAUGAGCUGUCGAUUCCCUCAACUUGCCAGGCCAACUCAUCAAUGUUUGCAUCCUACAUGGCACCCAUUGAUCACCUGGUGGGUGUUUCAUAAAGCUGUUUGUAAGUUAAGAGCGACUGAACGACUGGUGAACUUUUCUUACGUGCUAAACAAUCACCAAUGAACAUGAAUGGUGAAUAUCACUUACCAGAAGAAAGGAUCACCAGUUCUUAAAGUCGCUCUAAACUUACGAACAGCUUUAUGAAACACCCACCUGGAUGGAGAGUGGCAAAUGUAGGUUAGCAUCCCUCCGAGAGGCUAGUAGUGGUGCAUUGGGGUUUGAACCCCAGACCUCAUGGUUUAUAGUCCUAGGAUUUCUCAUUGAUCCUCUACACCAUUCAUUGGUCCCUUGGAGAGGACCUUAUGCCGUUGGUCGUUUGGUUGCUUUUGUACAAUGAUGCCUCCUUAGCAAUCAGGUAAAAAAUCACUCCCAUUAUACCAUUAUAUUAUAGUCUUUCAUUCCUGUGUCUCUUAGUUCCCCAUCCAAGUGCAACACAUAAAUGUUGUAGUGGGCAUUUAUCUACAUUUGACGCUCUCUACCCAAGCCGUAAAAUAUAUAAAUUCUUUAUUUCCUACUUUUGUUUAUUCCAAAUUGCCUUUUAUCCUGAUCCCUCUGGUAAUUGUGAGGGCUUUUUUUUAUACAUUUUUUGGGAUAAAUUGCCCUCAGCUCCCCCCCCCCCUUCAAAUUCAUAUUUUGGGGGUCUUUUUUGUUUUCCUUUUUAUUUUUUGCUGCGCCCAGAAGUAUAUUUGCCACCUUACAAUCAUUUUAGGGGCUGUGUGGAAGUAAUGUUGUCAAGGUUCCCAAAGGGUAACCCAAUAUAUGAUUUUCUGUGAUUUUACAAAUGGCAAUGUAUGAACCAUUUUUAUGACACUCUUAUCACAAAUGGUAACAAAUUUCCAUUUGAUUGGACAAUAAAUUCAAUUCAAUUAAUGGACUUAUCAAUAAUAUAUACAGUACAAAUCAAAUCAUCUAUUGUAGGUCUUGUCAUAUUGAAAUAAUGCUUUAUCAAAUUGAACAUGGAUGUGACAAAAAUUAUAAAAGCUUCCUAUAAAGUUUAUUUUAGCAUUUUUAUGAUUGAUAGUCAGAUUUUUGUCUUAUCAAUUGAUUCAUCUGUUAAGUACAGGAAUGAUGUUGGAAAAGGAUAGUGAAGAACUUGACUGGUCAGAUUACAAAUUUGACCUACUGAUCAGCAAAUAUCAAUUCCAAUAAAAAUUGUGUAUGCCAU